AUGGCUCCAGCUGGGGGAGGUAAACGAAAGCGAGGUGAUCGGACCUGGUCUGGGGAUAACUCGCACGAUGGACAACGACCCUCCCCUCACAGACCAGGAAACCUGCACCUUGCUCAUCACAACCAGGGACAGCCUUCGAACUAUGGCCGCGACCCGUCAGAGAACCGGGGCCGGGGCGGUCGAAGACCUAGUCGUGGAGGUCGUGGUUCUGUAAUUCCUCAAAGUCCUACCACCAACAGAAACUCCAUGAAUACACCAGUCUCAAAGCCUACAUCUCCUGUACAAAGGCCAACCGAUGCACAGCCGACCCAUCAAUCGAAUGGCGUGCUAAGUACGAUUACAAAGAUGGAUGCAGCCAUUCCACCUAGUUCUGAUAUCAUCGCAGAGCCCCGACCUUUUGACUAUUCGUACAUCACUGAGGAAAUACGCGAACAAUGGGAUUCUUCAGGAAGUUUGUCUGUAACGGAGAAGGGUGAGGAGCUACGAGAUAAUGGGGAUUAUGUCGAACUGGGAAUGCUGUUCCAAGAGCUACUCUUUGCCGGCAUGUCCGGCCGCAUACCACCUCCUGAAGCCGGUGCUGUCGUCAAGAACAUUGCAUGGCCUGGACAGUCGGCCUCUGAUAUUGAGAAAAUUACUGGCACGGAGAUUUCUGUAAAGCUCUCGGAUGUUCAGCUUGUGUUUCUAGAUACCAUUUCCGUUUUUGUCGCAGAGACGCCAGUUUCGCCCCAGGCCUUUUCCGCAGUUGUUCAGAGCUCUGGCAUACCUCCUGCGCUACUACGUCAAGAGCUGGACGUCAAGUUCUUGGAGAAAAUGGGGCUCAUUCGAACUACAUUUGGUAGAUCGGGAGUUCGUAAGACGACGAAUCUCCUUUAUCGGCAGGCCAAUUUCAAUCUGCUACGUGAAGAAUCGGAAGGGUUUGCUAAGUUGAUGACCGAGCUUUUCACCACAAGCGGGAAUGAGCCACCAACGGCCGAGGUUGUCGAGGAUACAGUGGAGCGUGUCAAAGCGAUGAUCGGAUCUUUUGAUUUGGAUGUUGGAAGGGCUCUUGACGUCGUCCUUGACGUCUUUGGCGCUGUUCUGGUUAAGCAGUUCCGCUUCUUUGUCAAAUUCCUUCGUGCCAGUCCAUGGUGGCCACGAGAAGAAGACCACAGACACGGCCGCAACGACAUCACAAGGCUUGGUGGACUACCACAGUGGGCAUUGCCAGGGUUUACAGCCUGGCAUCUGGACGACUCCCAAAGAGCAGACUUAUUGAAGCUGACAGAGGAACGUGAUCGACUCUUCUGGGCUCGCGCUCGAGAUGUUGGCUUACAAGCAUUCUACGAAAUCGGACGAGAACAAGUAGCGAAUGUUGAGACUAAAAAAACCUUGCCCAGGGCCACUACAGAAAGCGCCGAACCUAGCGCGAAAGAGAAAUUCAUGCAAGAUUGGGUUAAGCAAACUGGCACUUCUCCACCAGGAGGGAAUGAAGAUGCAGCACAACUGCUUGGUUUCAAGCUGCGCUUCUACUCGUCUUCGGUCGCACGUACUGAGAGUGACACUCUACCAGACAACCUGAUCUACCUUUCUGCGUUACUGAUCAAAGUUGGGUUCAUCUCUUUGAAGGAUCUGUACAAUCAUAUCUGGAGAGCAGAUGAAGAUAUGGAAGGCUUGCGACAAGAGAAGAUCAAAGAAAAGGCCGAAAGAGAACGAGCCUCUCGACCUGGACAAGGAGCCAAAAAUGCUUUGCUUACGGCAGGUGCUCUAGUAGAUGACACAUUGCCUAUGCCGCCGAGGUUGAGAGACAGCGCAACUCGGGCAGGUACACCCUCAAAAGACGCUGAACCUGACAAAGUUGGUUCGUCGACAGAAAAGAAGGAUGCUCUUCCAGAGCCAGCUGACCAGAAGAUCCCGCUUCUAAAAAGUCUACUCGCUAUUGGUGCGAUCCCAGAAUCGUUAUUCAUCCUUGGCAAAUUUCCCUGGAUUGUCGACCUUUAUCCAGAGCUGCCUGAAUACAUCAAUCGUAUUAUCCAUCACUCUUUGAGCAAGAUCUAUGGAACGAUUAAGCCCACUGCUUCUGAUUCCACCCUACAACAUCAAAAGCCAUCCAGUGAGCCCGAUAUCGCCGGAUUGCCCAAAGGUCAAGUCAGGCUCAUGCAGGCUCCGCCACGAAAGGUUUUGAGAUGGGCUCUACUUGACAGAGAUGACAGUGGUACCGAUAGCUUAGACUAUCGAUUCUAUUGGGACGAGUGGUCUGAUAGCAUUCCUGUAUGUCAGACCGUGGAUGAUCUGUUCACUCUUUGCGAUACCUUCCUGAAUCUCACAGGCAUCAAGAUCGGUCAGGAUCCAGCAUUGUUGGUCAAGUUCGCAAGAAUUGGCAAGCAUAGCAUUGCUGAAGACAAGUCUGAAUCGAACCUUGAGAGAUGGAGCGAACUUUGCAAGCGUCUUCUGGUUCCUGCUCUCAGCCUGACCAAGUCCAACCCUGGAGUCGUGAACGAGGUAUUCGAGCUUCUCAGCAACUUCUCAAUCGAAACGAGAUACCUAAUCUACCAAGAGUGGUCAGGUGGAAGAACGUCUAGAACGCCAGAUAUGAAAACAGCAGCAGACCAGGCGAAGGCAGAGACUCGGGACACACUCAAACGUCUCAGCAGAACCAACGUGCGCCCAAUGGCUCGAGCCCUCGCCAAGAUAGCAUACUCAAAUCCACACAUCGUCAUCAAUACAGCAAUUUCGCAAAUCGAAGUCUACGAUAAUCUUGCAGAAGUGUUUGUUGAGGGUGCUCGCUAUUUCACAGAUCUAGGCUAUGACGUGCUCACAUGGUCUUUGAUCAGUGCUCUUGGUCGAGCUGGCCGGAGUCGAGUACAAGAGAGCGGUCUUGUGACUAGUCGAUGGUUGACUGCCUUGGCUUAUUUUGCCGGCAAGAUGUUCAAGCGAUACAACAUCAUGCGACCAGGCCCAGUCCUGCAGUACGUAACAGACCAGCUGAUCAAAGGGAAUCCAACAGAUCUAAUUGUCCUGGAACAAAUCAUUUUGUUCAUGGCUGGGAUUGUGACUGAUGCUUCUUACAAUGACACGCAGCUCCUGGCGAUGGGCGGUGGCGAGUUGCUUCGGUCCCAAACCAUCUUGCAAUUACUCGACAAAAGACAUGAGUCACGGCUCACUUCUCGGCGUUUGAUGAGGUCGUUGAAGGAGUCUGAUCUCGCUGGUAAACUAUUACUGGCCAUUGCAAUCCAGAGACAAGCCUCUGUUUUCCAUCUCGAAGACACGAAUGCUCCGUUGAAACUUCUGGGAAAUCUGUACGAUGAGAUACAAAGAGUGUUGACGCAAUACUUAGAUUUAUUGCACAGCAACCUCUCUACAGAAGAAUAUGAAAGCGCCGUUCCUGAUGUGGCACAGCUAAUUGUGAGCUACAAAGUUCAGCCCGAGCUUGCCUUCUGGAUUAGCCGGCCCAACCUUAGUAGACGAAUUGCAGAGUUUGACAAGGCUAUGCACGUUAACGGUGCGCAAAAGAAAAACGAAGACCUGAUUCCAAAGGAUUUGGAGCAGGGUGAUGUUGAUAUGGCUGACCAACUUGACGGCGCUGGCGAGGACGAAGGGGAGGCGUUAGAAACGGAACCGGUCAUGGAAUCUGCAGCUACACCAACAGCAGCAGAAAUCAAUGGAGUCGACUCCAAUCCAGAAUCCCCAACAAAACCACCUGGCGAGGAAGUCUCGAUUUCGGAGGAGCAUGAUCAACAAUGGCAUCCGGUCCUGCAACCCAUCAUGGAUUCGAUUAGACCAAGCCUUCCAGGUGAGGUCUCAAAUGUCAUCGGUCUUGGUUUUUAUGUUACCUUUUGGCAGCUUGCUCUCUACGAUGUGACGAUCCCUGGUAAAUCAUACGAAGAUGAGCUUUCUCGCCAGCACAAGCGAAUUGCUACCAUAUCAAGCAAUCGGGCAGAUGUCACUGCUCUUGGUGCUCGAAAACGAGAGGCAGAGAAGAAACAGAUUUCGAAUCUGAUUGACAGAAUAUUGACUGAGAACAAGGAGCACCUGAAAGCGUUCGCUGAAAGUAAGGCAAGGCUUUCAAAAGAGAAGAAUAACUGGUUUGUUGGCACUCAUGGGAAGUCCGAAAUGUUAAACUCAGCAUUGAUGGAACAUUGCUUCCUACCACGCAUCUUACUGUCGCCUCUUGACUCCCUGUUCAGCUUCAAGUUCCUCAAGUUCUUACACACAUCGGGAACAAGCAAUUUUCGAACGAUGGGCUUCUACGAUUUGAUCUUUCGCCAAAACCGACUGAAUUCAUUGAUUUUCAUGUGUACAUCCAAGGAGGCAGACAAUCUCGGGAGAUUUCUACAUGAAAUCCUUCGAGAUCUCGCGAGGUGGCAUAGGGAUAGAAAUAUGUACGAGAGAGAAGCUUGGGGAUCGAAAAAAACUUUGCCAGGGUUUGCGAAGAAGGUAAGCAGCACUGGCAAGCCAGAAUGUUUUCUGCAUUACGAAGACUUUCGACGACUACUCUACAAGUGGCAUCAACAUCUGGCCAUUGCAUUACAAAGCUGCUUGUCAUCAUCGGAAUACAUGCACAUCCGCAACGCUAUAUCUGUUCUCAAGGCGGUGGCGGAGAACUUUCCAGCAAUCACGUUCCAUGGGGCGCAGCUUCAGAAACUGAUCUCUGCACUCGGAGAAUCGGAUCAGGGUGAUAUUAAGGUUCCCUCACUUUCGUUGAUGGCGGAUUUGAACAAAGCACAGAAAUCUUGGAUUUUGCCUCAGGCAUUCCGCAAGGGACAAGAGAAGCCUUUGGUGAAUUCGGCUAUCCCACCGGGUACUUCAACACCGGGCCCGGCAGCACAAUCACUCAACGCUGAAGCUGGUGAGUCCAAGCCGAGUUCUUCAUCAGGUGGCGAUCAGAAUUUUGAGCAAAAGCCUGUUAUCGAGGUCAACGCGAACCAGCACGAAAUCAAAAAUACGCAGAUAACGGAUGUCGGACCAACAGCCGCGGGCUCGGCUAAUAGUUCGCAGGGUGAGAUUAAGGAUGAAAACACUGAGCUGCCGCCAGUUCCAAGCGUGGAACCAGAAACUGAUGCCAAGAUUCCGACAGUCUCUGAGACGGUGUCUGAGACGAUCCCUCAAGACUCACGAUUGUCUGGGUCAUCAACCCCUCCGUCGGCAAAGAUACCGUCCAGCGAGUUGAGGCAGCAAGACGGCAAUAACGAGGCUAGCACGCAGCAACCACGUAUCAUGCCCCAACGCCCAGAUCUCACAUCCGGUCCGCUGCAGCCGCAUCCAAACUUGCCCCAUCGCCCCGAACGGACGGAACCAAGGCACAUUCGCCCCAGUGACGCCCGCAUUCCGAGCAGACCGCCUCCACAUGCCGAUAGUCCCAGAGACCAAAGAGACAGCCGGUCUUUUGACCGUCCUUCAUCGGGCAGAUAUGGUGAGAAUCACCUGGAGGCAGCUGAACACCCUCCUCAACAUUCACGACCCCACGAACGCCGUCCAGAACGAUUUGACCCGGGUGCCGAACGCGGAGACAGGCCUCGUAGUCAAGAACGUAACGCAGGACCAAGGUAUGCACCACAGGAUCGACGCAACCAGCCUUCUUUCCGUGAAAAUGGGACAUCGGGUUGGCAAUCGGAAAGACCUGGGCAAGCCAGACCUCCACCUGAUUCGCCUCGAAACAAGAGCGAGCACGAAAGGCGGCAGCAAGAACGACCGCCGCGGGACCAUCAUAUGGGACCUCCUCGGGGUCCUCAGUCAGCCAAUACAGAAGCUGCGAAUAUCAACCCCGAAAGAGCAGCUCUGAUCAGUGGCGGUGCAGGCAGUCGUAAUGGUAUAUCAAUUAGGGGUCAGGGUGAGGAUAAGCUUGACAGAGGCUCUCGGCCGACAUCUCCAAAAGGUGAUCACGAUUCUCGGCAUCCAGCUAGACGAGAGAGACCGGAUGACAGACAAGAACCAUUCGAUCGCCGAUCUGCUGAUUUCGAUCAACGUCACAGAGAUCGACAUGACAAUUCCUUUGGCAGUGGGCCUCGCGCUCAACAUUCUGACCGAACCCACCGGUCUGGUGACAGUUUCCCCCGCGAUAUACGAUACCAGCCUCCACAGCAGUACGUUGAAGUUGACAUGAAUCAUGGACGACUUAACCAAGACGAUCAGCCACCUUCUCGACAUCACGAACUGGCUUCUGAUCGUUCUGAACCUUCGAACGACGUACCAUCAGGUCCCCGUGGUCGUAAUCCUCCUUCCACUUCUCGAGGCCGCAACGCACACCCUGUACAGCCUCAACCUGUUCCGCAGCAUUCACCGUCUAACCAUGUCCAAUCGUCAAUGGGUGCCCCCGACCGUCUAGCACCCACUGGACCCGGCCCCACUGGACCAGCCUCCCGUUCACAUACCCGAGGUCAAUCAUUUCAAGAGCAGCAAACCACUUCUAACCCUAAUACCCCCGCUGAUACCUCCGGCAUUCACCCCGACCGACUGGCGCUUGUAUCUCCCUCGGCUGAAGGUCCCCCACAUCGAACACAAUCGUAUUCCUCCAAGCCAUCGUCUGCGCAAACAUCUCCUACAUCUGUUCCUUCAGGCCCUAGGGGCAGUGCACCUUCAGGAGCCCCUUCCGGGCCAGCUCCCGUUAUUCGUGGUCCGCCCUCUGGUCCACAGGGUAAUGGCAGAAACAACAGGCACCCUUUGGCGGCUGUCAACAAUACUCUCCAGCAAGCAGGUCAAGGACAAAACAUUAGAGGUCGAGGAGGAAGUCGUAUGUCAAACGGGCCUCCAAUGCCUCAUUCGGGACCACCAACUCCGACAGCGGGCCCAGGCCAAGGUCCAAGGUCGGAAGCCACGAUUCCACCAUUGCAAGACCAAGGUCGAGCUGAUCUAUUCUUUCGUGCCGAUCAAGACGUGAAUGGCCGAAGACCGCCUUCUCAACGUCGUGAUGAUUUACCACCCGAGAGAUAUCCACCAAGUGGGCGCAGGGGUGAUCUGAUGGACGAGGCCAGUGAAAGCAGACGAGGAUCAAGUAGACAUUCCGGUAGCAGCAGAACCCACUCACCAGACGGCGAUGGCACAGGUCGCCGGAAUGAAAGAGGACAAGGUAGCCAUCGGGACCGGGAGACCUACCGAAGUGAACGAGAUGGCGAAGGCAGAGACCAUCAUGGGCGUGACAGAGUAGGAGGAGAUUUAGGACGUGAUCGUCGCGCUGGUGGUGAGGGUGAAGAUCGUCCUCCAAGAGAGCCUUCGUCUCGACAGCAACGUGAUGAUGCGCAAAACUCUCAUCCUCCUCCUCAAGCCCCACCAAGGAGAAGUACUCGCCGCGAUCCAGCAAGCUCCGAUCUUCCGUCGAACAGUAUACCACCACCUCAUGGACCUUCUGCACAAGGACCUCCACCUCCUCCUUACGACGACCGUGGAAGGAGGAGAGGAUACCAAUCAGGACCUGGGCCUGGGCCUGGGCCUGGGCCUGGGCCUGGGCCUUCCACUAGAGGCGAUGAGAGGGAUCAUCAGCAGCGUGGAGGAGGACGGGGAGGAGGAGACAGGGACAUGAGGGACAUGAGGGACAGGGAGUCCCGGGGCCCACCAGCACGAGACCUUCGUGGUCCUGAUCCUGGUCUGAGAGAAGGGAACGAUCUACCUCCUCGAAAACACCCACGUGCCGAGGACGGUGGACCAUACGGUGGAGGAGGCAGAGGAGGGAACAGGAUGGCGAGUGAGAGUAAGCGGCCUAGGAGGGGAGGUUGA